AUUUUUGUUGUGUAACCACUCCACCACGUCAUCUUAGCUCUAGGAUGCCACACCACCAUAACUUAGUGCCUGUAAACUCUACCCAUUAUCUUAAUUCUUGAAAAUACCCUUUCAAUUUUCACUUUUUAAGUAGCUGAAUUAAGAGCUCUCUCGAGUGUCACCUCCUUUUGAUUUGCCCGGAAGGGUUGCAAAUUUGGAGCUCGUUGAAUUCAUAAACAUUUUUUUGAAGAAAUAUUGAGUUUCGAAAUGUCCCAAUUUGGACAUGUUUCUGCUGUCAAUUUGAGAGGGCAAAGUAAAUUAAAUAAUCUUUGGAGCUCUCAGUCUUGGAGAUGCUACUGUCUUGAUGGGAAAAUGAAUACACUAUCAUUUGCAAGUAGUGAUGCUAUGGGUCGUAAAUUGAAGAGUCCUUCUGCUAAUGCUUUUAUGACGAGAUCAAGAAAAGAUGUGCCCCCAUUGAAGGUUGUUUGCAUUGACUAUCCAAGACCGGAGAUUGAGAGUACAGUCAAUUAUUUGGAAGCUUCUUAUUUAUCUUCAACGUUUCGUAACUCUCCACGUCCAAACAAACCAUUAAAGAUAGUCAUUGCUGGUGCAGGUUUGGCUGGUUUGUCUACUGCAAAGUAUUUGGUCGAUGCAGGUCAUAAACCGAUAUUGUUGGAAGGAAGGGAUGUCCUGGGUGGAAAGGUCGCUGCAUGGAAAGAUGAUGAUGGAGACUGGUAUGAAACUGGGUUACACAUAUUUUUUGGGGCUUACCCAAAUGUGCAGAACCUAUUUGGAGAGCUAGGCAUCAAUGACCGGCUGCAGUGGAAGGAGCAUUCUAUGAUUUUUGCAAUGCCAAGCAAGCCAGGGGAAUUUAGCCGAUUUGAUUUUCCUGGAGUCUUACCUGCACCAUUAAAUGGAAUAUGGGCAAUCUUGAUGAACAGUGAAAUGCUUACUUGGCCAGAGAAAGUCAAGUUCGCUGUAGGACUCUUGCCAGCAAUAAUUGGUGGACAGUCUUAUGUUGAGGCUCAAGAUGGUAUAACUGUUAAAGACUGGAUGAGAAAGCAAGUACGAGACCUCAAUAUUGUUAGAUUUAUCUCAAAUUUCCUUUACAACAGAGUUGCAUCAGUAUCUUUUUGGCAUUGUGUCUUUUUUUUUUUUUUUGGGGGGGUCCUCGAAGGCGAGUUGAGACUAGUUGGGAUUAAGUACAUAAGUGACGCCACGCAAAACAAUGAAUUCAAGUAA